AUGUGCACCUCCCAGCCCCUCAAACCUAGUGCAUCUGGUGGCCACCUCAUCAAUGCCUUUCAGAAGCUGAGCUCAGAUCCAGAGAGCAGCAAGGCCAAAGCUGUGGCCUUGGGCAGUUUCCCAGUAGGCGAGCAGGCAGAGCUGUCGCUGAGACUGGGGGAGCCACUGACCAUCGUCUCUGAGGAUGGAGACUGGUGGACGGUGCUGUCGGACGUCUCAGGCAGAAAGUACAGCAUCCCCAGCAUCCAUGUGGCCAAGGUCUCCCACAGGUGGCUGUAUGAGGGCCUGAGCCGGGAGAAAGCUGAGGAGCUGCUGCUGCUGCCUGGAAACCCCGGAGGGGCCUUCCUCAUCCGGGAGAGCCAGACCAGGAAAGGCUGUUACUCCCUGUCAGUCCGCCUCAGCCGCCCUGCAUCCUGGGACAAGGUCAAACACUACAGGAUCCAGCGCCUUGACAAUGGAUGGCUGUACAUCUCACCACGCCUCACCUUCCCCUCACUCCAGGCCCUGGUGGACCAUUACUCCGAGCUGGCGGAUGACAUCUGCUGCCUCCUCAAGGAGCCCUGUGCCCUGCGGAGGGCUGGCCCACUCUCUGGCAAGUCCAUACCCCUACCUGUGACUGUGCAGACGACACCACUCAAUUGGAAAGAGCUGGACAGCUCUCUCCUGUUCUCUGAAGCAUCUGCCACAAGGGAGGAGUCCCUCCUCAGUGAGGGGCUCCGGGAGGCCAUUAGCUCCUACAUCAGCCUGACUGAUGACAACUCCUUGGACGAUACCAAGGCCCAAAGCAGAGGCCGAAAGGGGAACUAAGGCUGCAGCACCUAGAACCCCAACUCAGCUCAGCCUGACUGAGCACCCCAGAGGCAAGGCUGCACAGAGCGAGGGGAGGGCUGGGACACAGAGGCACAUCCAGAGUCCCACCUGUAUCCUCUGUUCCUUCUCUCUCAGCCCUAAGAAGUCACUUAACCUCCUCCCAGUGCCAUGACCCGACCUAUAAUCUCUAGUUCGAGUAUGGACCAGUUAAGAGCAGGGCCAGGACUCCAAAAAAAAAAGACUCCUCAGUCUGACCCAGUCAGUUCCUGAGUUUGGGAUUCCCAGUACCAUCUUCCUCCCUCUGCCUGUUGAGAGUCUCAUUCUACAUCCCCACAACCCCUCCCACAAGGUAGAAAACAACCACCUGCACCAAGGAGAAAAAAAAUAAUCAUUUAAAGAAAACUGACCAGUCUCACUCAGAAUGCCACCACACCUCAGAAGGUAGGACUCUGGCCUAGAAGGGAUAGGAAAGCAGAGGGGAUGGGUGGCUUAAAUGGUAGCAGAACCUGGGCUGUCAACUUCUACCUGACCGCCACAGCAAAGAGCAGGACCUCUGACGGUCCAGGUCCUCCACGCCCCCAUUAAGCCCCUUCUCUGGACAGUCCUAGCUCAGAUCUUUCAUUCUGUGGCUCACUGGACUCUGGCUAAGCUUUCCUGGCUACAACAGCCUCGCCAUCUUGUGGCCAAAUGCAAAAUGACACCAUUUGAGCUAGCAUGCUGCAGUGAGGUCCGUGAUGGCCCUCAGUGCUGUGCAGGGGCAGCAGGGCACCAGAAGGUGGUAAGCCCUCUCUCCACAAAGCCAAGGCCACAGCCUAUACCAACUCCAGCCCUCGAUUUCCCUGCUGCCAGUUAAGGGAAAGAAGCCUGGCUGGAGCUGCUAAGGGAGCAUGGAGAGCAGGGAGAGGGAGGAGGGAAGGGGAGGGGAGGGCGCCACCCCUAUUGCUCCUACUGGGUUCUGAGGCUAGAGGUGAGGUGGGAAAGGCUUCACCAGGUAUCAUCAACAGGGUCUCAGUU